CUCCAUAUAAAGAAGUGGUGUCAUCUCUAAAACCAAAACUUAGAUAUUUUUUUGUGAAUCAGCUAAGCAUUACCAGAUAGAUUUCUCCUCUUUCUUCAUUAAAUUAAUUUUAUUUUUUAGGAGCAAAGAAAAGAGAAAAACAAAAACAAAAACAAAAACAAAAUGGGGGUGAUGGAUCAUAUUUCCGAUUACUUUGAUUGCUCUGGUGGACACAGUCACAAACACAAACGGAAGCAGCUUCAGACAGUGGAGAUUAAGAUUAAGAUUGAUUGUGAAGGAUGCGAAAGAAAGGUGAGGAGGUCAGUAGAAGGGAUGGAAGGUGUAACACAAGUUGAUAUCGAGCCCAAGCAAAGCAAGCUAACAGUAGUUGGAUACGUGGAGCCUAGGAAGGUGUUAGCACGUGUCAAGCACCGUACAGGGAAGAGGGCGGAGAUCUGGCCUUAUGUACCGUAUGAUAUUGUUGGACACCCUUACGCUGCUGGGACGUAUGAUAGGAAAGCACCUGCUGGAUACGUGAGAAGUUCUGAAUACGAUCCCAGGACGAAUCAGCUUUCACGUAUGAGUUCUACUGAGGUGCGCUACACCACGGCAUUCAGUGAUGAGAAUCCUGCUGCUUGUUCUAUUAUGUGAUUGAUUACCAUUUAUCAAUAUGGAGGUCAACUUACUUUCGUAGUACAUGUCAUUUGUCAAGACACUUUUUGUUUUUCUUUCUUUCUUUCUUUCUUUCUUUCUUUCUUUGGUGGUUUGCUAAUUUAGGUCUAUAAUAUGGACAGGUUUGUACUAUAUGUUUGUAUAAGAUUGGUGAGAUCAAGAUUCUCUCUCAAUCAAAAAAAUCAAUGUAAUGUUUAGUUAAAGUAUCAUGUUAUUUUUAA